AUGGUGUUCUUAAAAUAUCAAGUAGUUAUUAUCAGUUUGUUUUUUUCAUCGCAUAUAGCAUUGAACGUAACUAUCUGCAAUGAUACUAACAAUUGGCUUAAUGGAAAUCCUGCUCAUUCUUGUACUGACUAUCAGUUCAAUAAAUCAUGGUGUGCUAAUGGUGAUUUUGCAUGGGACAGCUAUUGGACAGGAGGCAGUAUCUAUCGUUACCCGGAAUUUAAUUGUUGUGGCUGUGGGAAAGGAUGGCCAAUAUGGUUUGCACCAAAAAAUGGUAGUGCAGCUUUGAAAGCGAUUCCUAAACACACAAAAAGACUCGACAAUUCAACUGGCAAUAAUCUGAAAUGCAUCGAUGUUCUUGGCAAUUCUGACGUAUGUAAUAUGACAUGCAAAACAUGGAUGAGUCCAGUCGUAUCGUUGUCAACUAUUACCGACAAUAACUUUAACUCGUCUAAUUGUACAUUGAUUGCACAAACAGCUGACACUUCAAUGAGAUACGCUUUGGACAUUCCACAAAAUAGUUACUUGAUCUUUUUCACGAAUUGGAUGAAUAGUGAUUACAAUUUUACAUGUUUCAACUCAACUUUACCGGAAAAUUCUUCGAUGAUAUGUCGUCACAAUUCUGCGCAAUGUUUACCAACAACAACCACAUAUAGAUGCGCAUCGUCAGGUAUACUUUUCGGCUCUUACAAUAUCGAAUUGAGAAAACUUGCAUCUCAUUUAGAUUGUCUCGACACACCACAGUGGACAAACAAUAAUUCUCUUGUAAAUCAUAUAUUUAUCCAAUACACUUGUUCUGAUCUUGAAACCAACCUUGCCUGGUGUUAUGGUGCAACUUUCACAACAAACUAUCACUGGACUUUAGGGUCAUUUUUCAAAUACCCAGAGUUUAACUGUUGCGGUUGCGGCAAAGGAUGGCCGCUAUGGUUCGUUCCAUCAUCAGGAUACGCAUCAACAAAAGUUGUUCCCAAACUAAUGAGCAAUGCACAUUAUAAUACGAGUGGUACUAAUGUUCUUUGCAUUGAUACAUACGGGAAUAGCUAUGCAUGCAAUAUGACAUGUAAAUUAUUUACAAAUCCAGUGACAGCGAUUGAAACCGUUUCCAAUAUCGAUUUUACAAUAUUCAAUUGUACAUUAGUCAUCGACACAAUGAAUUUAUCGGUAACGUAUGCUAUUACGAUUCCUCAAGAUAAUUAUUUGUUAUACUUUACGAAUUGGACAACAAGUGAUUACAAUUUGUCGUGCAAAGGUAUACAAGCAUCACAGAAUGCCUCGAUGCUAUGCCGACAUGAUUUUAUUCAAUGUUUAUCAACAGCCGUUACAAAUCGAUACAUACCACCAAAUUGUAUUGACACAUCAAAUUGGACAAAUAAGUAUUCCGGAAGUCCCACUACGCGUGGAUGGAGUUGUUUUGAAUAUGAGGUUAUUUUCAAGUUCUGUGCAGAUGGAAGUUUUACCUCAGGUAAUCAGUGGACAUUAGGAGAACGAUUUAAUUUUCCAGAGCUGAAUUGUUGUGCUUGUGGAAAGGCCUCACAAAGUCCAUACCAAUUAUUAAAUACGACCAUCCAAAGCAAUCCAACCAUUCCAACUAAUUUCGAUAUUGUUGAUUUAUAUAAUUGCAAUAUAGUCUUCGAAAAUACUCGUCAAGUGUUCAAUAUUAAAUGUUUAGGACCGUCCAAUUUUACGAAUGCAAAUAUUACAACAAAUACGAUUCUUUAUAAUUGUCCAUUAGAUUGUUUUUUCAACAGAAGUAUAACAAUGAUUGAUAUAUCACGAACAAUCAACGCCGCACGUCUACAAAUAGGAACAAACGUCUCAUAUUAUCUGUCGUCGAAUUUAUUUCCAAAUUUCCACGCUAUUUGUGGGCAAAAUCUUUCCGAACCAUUUUUCUCGACUGCACCAACUACCAUACCUACUACUUCGAUCGAUGAUCCAAAUACAAGUGAAGCAUCUUCCUCUUCGACAAUGGUAAUCAGUACUGGUAAAAUUCAAACUACACUCGCAUCUAAUGUAUCAGUCUUAUACAUACCAACAUGUUCAAAUGGCAACAUCGGUCUCAAUUGUAAUGUUAGUGUCGAUCUUUGUCAAAUGACGAAACCAUGUAUUAAUAACGGUUCAUGUAUAAAUCUCUCACCGUCUUCUUACAGAUGUGCAUGUAUGCAAGAUUUUAUUGGAUCUAAUUGUGAAAUUGAUAAUCGACCAUGUCAACCGUGGACUCGUCUCGAUCGUGGUGUUUGUAAUCAAACUAGUGCCACGACGUUUCAAUGCAAAUGUCAUUCUGGCUACAACGGCAUUCAUUGUGAAUCAACAAUCGAUUAUUGUCAAAACAUUACCUGUCAAAACAAUGGUCAAUGCCGCUCAAUACUACUGAAUUUUACUUGUGAAUGCACAACGCCUGAUUUUACUGGGCGAUUUUGUGAAGUAAAGAGCACAAGUCUUAUGAUCAAAACCAUCGUUAAACAAUCUUUUGUAUAUAUAGCAAUCAUAGCGAUUGGGUGUGUACUCUCUGGUAUUGUUAUAAUGGAUGUAUUGAAGUAUUUCUUCAAAAUUGAUCCAGUGGCAAAACAUCGACGAUAUCGACGGCGAAAAAAGAGUUCAAAGCCGAAAACAAUCGUACACUUGGUAUAUGUUGAUACUCCGAGAAGUGCAUGA